UUUAGUAACAGGUUUAAAUAAAAUUUUCGUUUCAUAUUUGAAGUUAUUUGUUUAUUCAAUUUAGUGACAUUUGACGUAAUCACCAGACAAAGCAAAAUGUAAAUGUCAAAACAUGAUACAUCUGGAGAGUUAAAAUUUACAAAAUAAUUAUUAAUUAGUGCCUUAACAAAUCAAAAAUGUCAGACGAGAGUAAUUGUGAUCUUACAACUGAUGCCAUACCAAGUCCUCCAAGGGAUGAAGUUAAACAAGAAGAAACGGAACCAACAAAUAUCCCUCCUAAAAUGAAAACGAAAACUAGAGUCUUCAAAAAGUCCAAAAAGAGCGAACCAACUGCUUUUGCCAGUGUAAUCAAUAUUAGUAACGCAAAUGGAAUUCACGUUGGUUCCAAUUAUAACGUGUAUCUCAGUAAAACAGAGACUCAACCACAAAAAAAAGACUAUAUUGUGACAGAGCCCAUCAGGAGACUCUUUGACAGUGGUGUACCUGUUGAUAGAAAAGCUUUAAUAUUUCUUUCUCCUCAUAUAAAUGAACAUUGGAGAACAAUGGCAAGGGCGUUGGAUUUCUCGGAUGGACAAAUCAGUCAGUUUUACGAGGAUUACAUUAGGUCUGGAAUUAAAGAAGUAAUUUAUCAGCUCUUAUUAGACUGGAUACAAAACGAUGCAGAUCGUGCCACGGUUGGAAAAUUAUCAAAAGUACUGUGGGACACAAAUCAACAAGAUGCGGUUAAAAGAUGGUCUGAGUAUAUUAUAAAAAAUUAGUCGAAAUAUUUGUUGCUUUUUAUACAUAGGUAUUGUAUAGUUUAGUAAUAGAAGUUUUAUAUUCUUUCAAUUACGGUGUUUCUUAUCAAUGUUAUGGAAAGUUUUUUUAUUAUUUCGCAUUAGAAAAACUGUUUUAAUAAUAACAGACAGAUUGUGCAAAAUUUAAUCAUGUGAUAUCUUUAGGCCAGUGACAUUUGGUAACAAUGAAGUAACACUUUUUUCUAAUUAUCAAUGUUUUUUAUGAAUCACCAAAUUUCACUGAUUUAAAUGUUUGCUACUUGAAUGUAAUUUGAAUAACUAUAAUUUGGCUAUUUGUUUUCAGUAUUAAGCCAUUUUGUAUUUUGUUGGAAAUAAAAGAAAAUUAAAUCACA